AUGCCAGGCCCGAACCCCGUGUUCCACGAGAUGCUCCUCCCCACGCAGCUUGCCAGAUCCACCGGUGUGCCAGGACAGCCUUUUGAUGAAGAUGCAGAUUUGUCGGAUGCUACCACACUCAAGCUGGGUGACCACCUGGUUUCGAAGAGCGAGUCCGAUUGCGAGUUUUGUGAUGUGAUGCCGGCGAACGCAGGGUGCUGCGUGGGCUGUGGAUGCUCCUUGGUGGAAGCCCCGAAGAUGGUGGAGUCAGACGAGAGCCAGGAGGAGAUCCCGGCGUUCCUUGCCGAUGCGGCCAAUGCCAUGGUAGACUCCCAGGAGAAUGGCUCUUUGUGCGAGGCUCUGCAGCAAUUGGCAAUCGAUGAGCGUGUGCCGGCCCCCUACAACCCCGGGCGUGGCAGUGCACCCACCCUACCAGUGCCACCCGAAAUGGCCAGUGUCACGGAGCUGUUGCAUGGAAAUGGCUUCAGUGAUUACCAGGCCAAGAAGAAGCGCGAGCAGCGCGAUGGGGAUCCGAAGAAGGGUUCGAAGAAGCUGAAGUCCGCCUCGAAGGAGGGUGGCAAGGCCAGCUUCAAGCGACCAAAGAAAUCGAACGGGGCCAGAUUGUCAGAGGCAUCCACGGCCGCCCCAUCGAGUGUUGCUGUGAGCGAGCCGGCACCGGAGGGACGGGCAAUGGUGCCCGUCCCGGAGCCUAAUCCGGAGGCGAACCCCGGCCACCACAUGUGGAUGGAGUACGACUUGGAAAAGAUCGGGAUCCCGGCAGAGGCAAGGCCCACGGAAAAUGGGCGCGGGAAGCACUCCUACACGAUCCGCAUGGGAGGUGCCACGUUCGAUAUUCUCAUGAAGAAGCGUGGAUACUACGUGAAGAAGCCGGUUGGCGAAGGUAAGAAGGGGACGGUGAGCUGGGGAAACAACGGCGGUCCAGCACUGGCGUGGGAGAAAGUCAAGAAGCACGCGGGCUUGAACUAG